AGAGAAACGGUGUCUGCACUGGAAAGUACAGGCCGUUGUUGGGUGUCGGAAUAGAAAUUUUUAUUUCACACACGUGCAUUAAUCUAUCGAAUUGAAAUUCCACGCAUCUAUCCGAUACAUACUUCAGAACGGUUUUACGAAUUGUGUGUCAUUGAAAUUUGUGGAGCAAUAAUUUUUAUGAGAAAACCAACAAAAAUAUUCCUCCCAAUUUACUAGGCGAACCAGACGAGAGUUAUGCCUGUUAUAACGGAUAGCGUCCGGCGCGGUGGUCACAUGUCGGAAUUUCGGAAAAAAGGGAAAGAUAGAGAAACGGGAUGAAAAAUAGAAAAAAAAUUUGAUAGAAUAUCGUAAAUUGAGAGGCUGGUGUGAAAAGAAAGAAUGAAAGAAAAAAAUAAAGUAAAAGAUAGAAAGAGAAAGGAAGAAAAGAGAAAUAGAAGAGGAAAGAAUCACAUUAUAGCAACAAGUUCCGGUGCAUGUCAUAUAUGUGUGCACCUAUAUAUAGUCGAACUAUGAUAUAAAUAACCUCCGCUUACCUAGCCUCCCCCUCCCUCCCUCACCGUAUAAAGAACUGGCAAUAAUCGGAGAUAACGCAGGGAUUAUGCACCUUCGACCAACGCCUAGGAAAAAAAUCUUGCGCCACUUCUAUUUGGGAGAAAAAAUUCAUUUCGAGUCGAAGGUGCUUAAUCGGUGAAUUAUCUCCGAUUUUUUCUGAUUUUUUAUAUCACGGAGGGGUAGAGGGAGAGGCAAGUAACCGCAGGUAUAUAAAUACAGGUUGUCCGCUGACUGACCAUAUAAUUGACCCCGCCGUGAAAAAUUGCGCAUAAUUCGCUUGCUAUUUCAUACUAAUUGAUUAAUUAAUUAAUCAAUUAAUUAGUUACUAUACUUUGUAAUUUUACCUAUUGUGUGGACAUAUGUUACACCCUAAUGGGAUUCAUUUUUACUUAUUAUUAUUGGUCUCACCUUUUUCUUUUUGCUCACCGUUUUAAUGAAAUUGCGAAACGUGAUGUGAUAAAAAAAAUUCAAGACUAAUAAUAUUGCGUCGACUAUGCAAAUUUUCUAUAUCUCUGAAUUUUUUUUGUCCCCCUUCUUUCAUCAGACUCCUCCAUCUUUUCAUCUGAUGUUUUCAUUUCUACACAUUGAAUUCACGGUUAAUACAUUCGAUCUUUGAAAGUGAAAUGUGAAAGAGAAAUUCGAUUAGGGUGUUUCAUUUUUAGGCGACAUUUUUUCAUCCCUUUUCUAUACCCGAAAAUCUGAUAUUUCAAAGGAAAAAAAUUUAUAUCCCUGUUUGAAAAAAAAAUUGUACGUGAGUCAGAGGUUUCGCUCAUCCGAAAAUUCGAUUUCCCGUUUGAAUAACUGCACGGGGAAAGCUUUUUUUUUGGUUUCAACUCGAUUUGUCGGUGUUUACGAAAUUUUUUUUUAACAAAAAAUGAAUAUUAUCGUAUCCCAUGAAUUUCAAGAAAAAGUGAGUAAGAGAAAAAACAGAAGUGAGAGAAUUAUACGUUCGUUAAUGGUAUCGAUUAAACAAACCGUAACGACUGUGUAAAUGGGACAUUUCAUGCCAAAUCAUUUAAGCCUACCAGCGACCACCGUUCCACCGUACUUGUUGUAUAAUACCUAUAACGUUUUUAUCGGUGUCUCAAAAACGACAGUAGUCGAUCUUGAGAGAAAUCUCAUUCGAAAUUCCAUUUCCUGCUAAAAUCCAGACUAGAGAAUAGUAAUCAAUUUUCUAAAAUUUCGAACGGUCAAGAUCACAGGCUGACUGAUUUGGCGUAGAAUUUGCAACAGUCGUAGCUGUGCCUUAUAUCGAAAUUUUUUUUCUAAACAGUUGUAAUUUAUCAUCGAAUAAACAUUAACGUAGAAAGAAAAACGGAGGAAUAAAUCAAAGUUCGAAACCCAAAAAAACAAUAUAACAUAUAAAUCGAGUAAAUUGAAAAGUGAAAACGAAGAAGUAUAAAAAAAAAGGCAACCGAAAAAGGGACGAGAAGUAAUAAUAACUCCUGAUCCAAAACUGGCAUCGGCACCGCGACGCGAGGCCCCGGGUCCCCGGUGCGGCAGGAUCCGCGGGGCCCGGCGUCGAGCUAACGGUGCUGGGAGUGGACUGGAAAGAGGCGAAGGCGGAAGUAGAGUGGUUGGCGAAAGUGGAAGCGGAAGCGGAGGUGUGGGUGGUUCGCUUUCGAGCGGUGGAUCAACCGCGACUACAACGGGGUUGCAAUGCGGUUUGUGCGCCGUCGUUGCCGGGCUAUUUCGUAGAGCGAUGUGCAUCGCCGGUAGCCGAAGAGGAUCGGGUGAGUCCUGCUACCAGGAACUCACCGCGUCCGAAGGACUGCAGCAGCAGCAGCAUCAUCAGGGGGUCCAGAUAUCCUCUAAUCGCCAAAACAAUGCGGCGUGCAUACAACAGAUCAUCUCGUCGUCUCCAUCACUGAACUCCACCAUUUCGCAAAUACCCAUUCAACAACAACAACAACUCAUUGUAUCAAGAUCCGGUUCUUUAAAAGCCCAGAAUAUCGGCAACAAGGAUACGAAUCAAGAGAGAAGAACCUCUGCAGCCGAUGAAACAGUAGUAACAGAUGGGAAAGUGCAAAAUGCAGCGUCCGUACGCGUCAUUUCCGAAGACGCUGGAACGGCAGCAUCUUCAGGGGGUUCGCAUUGUCUGGCUAAUACUCCCUCAACACAUCGAGGGUCAACUUCAAAUUCACGCCGUCUUUCCGAUGCGGAUAGGCUCCUUCUCGAGGCUCUGGAAACCGGAAAAGAAAGAAUGAGACACACCGGAAGAUUUCUUACAAUGCAUAAACGACGACGCAAACGAUUGACGACAAGGUCCUUGAACCAGGAUCCUGGUAUUCUGGACGAUAUUUUUCACGGACAAGUCCAGUGUCUUUUACUCAAAUCUGGGAACUGGAGGUUCAAUGCCUUUGCCCUUGAGACUGUGACCGGAGGUCGAUCUCUACCAGUUCUAUGCGUUCAUCUCUUUCACUGGUACGGACUCCUGGAAUACUUCAAAUUGGAUGUUGUCAGAGUUUGGAAGUUAUUCAAUUUAAUUGAAGAAGGCUACCACAGUACAAACCCCUACCACAAUAGUAUACACGCGACCGACGUCACACAGGCUAUGCAUUGCUUCCUACAAGAAGAAAAGAUAAGAAAAAACUUGAGUCAAUUGGAAAUAAUGGCAUCGUUAAUCGGAGCAGUGACCCACGACCUUGAUCACCCAGGUGUUAAUCAGCCAUUUUUAGUUGCCACAAGUAAUCACUUAGCUGCGCUUUAUGAGAAUACAUCUGUGCUGGAAAAUCACCAUUGGAGAUCGGCUAUCGGGUGCCUAUUGGAAAGCGGUGUUUCAGAACAGUUGGAACCAGAAUUAAGGCCUGAGCUUGAAAGACAUAUCAGCUCGCUUAUUUUGGCAACUGACAUCACAAGGCAACAAGAAUUUCUGACAAGAUUCAAGCGAUAUCUGGACCAAAAUCUUUUGGAUAUGAAGAGGGGUGAAGAUCGUCACUUCAUUCUUCAGAUAGCUUUGAAAUGUGCAGAUAUUUCAAACCCUUGUCGACCUUGGGAGAUAUCUCGGAAGUGGUCGCACAAAGUUUGUGAAGAGUUUUUUCGCCAAGGAGAUUACGAGCGUCAGUUGAAUUUACCAGUUACUCCGCUUUGCGACAGGCACACAACGAGCAUACCGAAAAUUCAAGCUGGAUUCUUCAAAUUUGUAGUAACACCGCUGUAUGAAGAAUGGCACCGAUUUUUAGGCACUGGUCUAAGCUUGAAUUUAAUGGAUUACUUGAAGGGUAAUCAAACUAGAUGGGAGGCUUUAAUUCAGCAGGAAGCAGCUGAAGAAACGAAAACUGAAAUAUCCGAGCUUGAAGAAGUCGACCACAUAGUCAGUUCAGAUGACGAAGGAGCCGCGGAAGACUCUGGGAGUAUUGACUUACUUAUUCCAGAUGCCCCACUCUCGAGAAGGCCUAGUUUACCAGGAAAAAUCUGCUCCGAACGUGUCGGACGAAGGCAUUCUGUGCCGCUAAGCGUUCCAAAACUACUGCCAAUUGCAAGAACAAUCAUCAGGAGAGAAAGCUUGCCAACGGAACAAAAGAAGCUCAAAACUCCACUGGUUAAGCUCGAAGAUCAACGUCUUCUGGGAGAUAGUUCGUUGUCAUUAAUGUCCUCUAGAAGUAGCUUGCACGAUUCACCCGCUACCAAAAGUACGGAACGGCCAGUUAGUGCGGAAAAUCUGUUGCCUGAACCCAGUAUAGCCAGCAUAACAAAUAGCGCUGAAGCAUCUCGGUUGAGUACUGUUUUACAACCUGAUCAAAAAACUUCUGCUCAAACUAAACAGCUUACAAGACAGCAGACAUUCCCUCCACUGCAACCCUAUGUGAGAAUGAGGUACAUGUCAACAACUGCGGAAAUGUCACAGUGUACCGAGGCCUUGAUAGAAGGGGAUAGUCAAUCAAGCUCAACGCCAAGUCCUGUAAAAGAUAGAUUGUGUUCCGACGCACAGUGUAAAACACCCCCUGAAAUUGGCACACUACAUUCAAGUACAGAAUCCAGCCGACGGUCAAGUGCUACCUUGAAUGUUGCCAGAGUGCAUAAGAGGGAACACGAUGCAUCGGAAAUGUUUUCAGUCAGAAGACGAGGAUCUGCUGUGCCAGAUCUAAUGAGAAGACAAGACGUUAUGCUGAGUCCAGAUCAUGCUAGACGACAUUCAGUCCAAAUCCCAGAUACUCUGUCAACAAUAGCAACAGCUAAAUCAAAUCAGAGACCUUGCGCUUGGACGUCAAACCUUGUGGAACCUACAUCCGAAAUGAUAAAUGUACCGCCCUCUGAGAAACUGCCAGAUUUUGGCCCCAAGUUGGAUUUGAUAAAUGUGCAGGACGUGGUGCCAAACCCUUCACCAUCUCAAACGGAUCAUGGAAGUGAUAAAUAUCCGAAUCAAGGGUGCCAUUUUGAAUUGACUGACACAACAGAAGCGACUGACUUUGAAAUCGGUGUGCUCGGUUCUGCAACAAACGAAUCAAGCUCUAUCAAACCAAUAUCCAUGUGUGGUUCUAUGAGACGUUUUUCAAUACCAGUGCUCGAUGUGGCAGGAGAUGAAUCUCUGGGUAAUAAUAGACGAUUUAGUGCAAUACCGGUGUCAUCUGAAGCUCCACAAAAGGUGUUCUUUGUUGGUACUCCUCCUGACUCACCACCCCGUGUUCUUAGUAGCUCUAGCGAUAGUGGUAGCGAACCAAGGAAAAGUGUAAGUGAUUUGACGAGUGAUAGUGUUUCUAUAGGCACGAAAAGAGAUUCAGAGAAUUGGAGAGAGAAAGGAGCUGCCAAAAUUCUCAAGCUCAGUAUCGAGCCGGAAAUGAAAGAGAACGUCGACCCAAGAACCAGCGACGACGGCAAAGUUCUCAGCUCAAACAGACGACCCAGUCAGGUGUGGGCUAGACGGCGUAGUUCGGCUCCAGUUGGUCUUUUAUCAAAGGUAGAUGACGCUUUAAUGGCAUCUGUGGCACCACGAGGUGAUCGUUAUUCCAGGCGAGGUUCUGUCCCAACUGACAUGACCAGACACCAAAGUGGGGGUUCAAAUAGAUCAGCACUGGGUGCAAGAGAAGAGAAUCUACCGUCUCCGCGAAGAGCUAGUCUACCGCAAGAGACCGCGUUGGAAAGUCUUUCGGAUACGGCUUUCUUCCCAACUUGUGAAGAGGCCAAUUGUCCCGACAAUAAUAAUUCUUCCCGUAUAACAGAUCCGACAGUUCCCAUCUCCGGGACGCUAUCUUUAAGACGCGGUUCAGUUCCAGCUGAUAUUUCGGAACUACGACGCGACGUCUACAACAGAAAUAGUGUUAACGGCAAAGCUAGAAAUCGUAAAAAGGUUCUGAGGCGAAGAAGCAGCGGUGGUCCUGAAAUGUUUACUGGCUGCACAGACAACAUGGAUAAUGGAAACAGCGUGAGAUGGAAAAGGGAUAUGCUUAGAAGAGAUUCUAUUCCAGAACCAUUGACUAAAAGAAGAGGCUCCUUGCCCAUCGAUAUGGUGGUCAUAUCACAUGCCACUGGAUCAGUACCCGUUCAAAGAAAAUCUAGCCUUUGGAGACUUUAGCACACAACUGAUAUCGCUGGACCAUCCGCAAUAACUCUACUGCAACCAAAAGUGCUGCCAACGGUUAGCCACAAAUUAGUUGGGCUGACACCCAGUUCUAGCAGUAGCAGCGAAGGCUAAUCCGAUUGAUUAUAUUGAGGACAUUCGAGAGGCCUCGUUCUCCUGGUGACCUUCGUCGUGCAUCCUAAACAUGACAAAACAGGUGAAGAAAACGAACUUUUUCUGUUAUUUGAGUACAUUACGUUAUCCAACCAAAAAAAGAGGAUCAAAGUCUUGCAAUCAAUUAGAAGACACGUUAUACAUAAGUUGUGAUUAGGUAGGUAAGAGUCUUGACUCGAUGAACAAAAUAGCUUCAUCUGACAAACAGCUUAUCUGUUGUUGUUAUUAUUAUUAUUAAUAUUAUUAUUCUCAUUAUUGUUCGUUACUAUUAUUGUCAUUAUUGUUUAUCUGAAAUCUAACAGUUCACAUAAAAGUUUUUUCAUUUACAAAUACUUGUCUUCAAAGAUUGCGAUAUUUUACUUCGGAUCAUUAGUUUUUUAAUUUGUCCGAAUAUUGAAAACCACGAUUUCAUAAAUAAUGUAUAUCAAGAUGAGCCGUGUGGCAGAUUGGCGUUUAAUAAUUAUAAAUAUGGAUAAAAAAAAUUUAGUCAUGUGUGACAAUGAAUUUUCAUAACGAAAAAAAAACUUCAGGUAAUGUACGCAUACUAUAGCUUCACUAUUAGGUGGGCUAUAAAAGCUAUAUAUAAAUGUGGGCUAAAACAUGCCAAGAAACAAGAAAACGGUAAUCCUGAUUAUAAGAUAUGGCCCUGGAGUCCACCUUUGAGAAAAAAAAGAACAAAGAAUAACCAACUCAAUUUUUAGUACAAAUAAUUGUGUUCCCUUGUUUAUCAUUUAAAUUAUAUAUUAUAUACGAUAUGCAUACAAUGUCGUCGAGAAGAAGUGUACCAAGAAAAGUAAUGGGUGAAAUGAAUUAUCCAUUCGAAAACAAAACAAAAAACGAAAGAACAAGAGCAACAUCAGCAUGAUGAAAACUACUAUACAGCGUUAUCGAUAAAUUAUCUAAAGAAAACUUACAAAAAAAAAUUUAUAAAGAUGGAUAUAUUAAUUCAUUAUAGAUGGACCAGAAAAAAUGGUUGGUUCUUAACUCGGGAAUAACGUGGCAUGUACGUACUCGAGCUGUUGAAAACUAAUUCAGGUGAAAUAAAAAUGAAACAUGAACAAUUAUCCUUCCGAAGUCUUCCGCUCGGUUAAUUCAAGGUAGGGAAAAUAACAAAAUUACGCCAAAAUUAUUUUGUGUGUUAUAAAUAAAAAUUUUCAAAUCACUCAAAUCGAGAAGAGACGAUUUGGUCACAUUAAAUUGCGCAGCUCGAGCUACAGAAAACUACCGAGAAAAACACAAACCAAAAUAUUUAUAUACAGGGUUCAUAAUGUUGAUUUUGAUAGUUAAUUUUGCCUAGGUAUGGAGAAGGAAAAAAGACUGGUAGAAAAAACAAAACAAAAAAAACGAUAAAUCAAUAAAUAAAACAAACGGUGGCUAUAAAGCUAGAAGUAACAUAGAAAAAGAAUUAAAGUUGAUAGUAAAAAAAAAAAGAAAUAUUAAUUUUUAAUUAAAUUCGACAAAAAAAAAUAUUUUGAAUUGAUAUUUGCUCAUAGCCGGGAAUUUGAUUCCUAGACGAAACGCAAAGAACAUAACAAGAUUUUUGAAAGAAAGAAAAGAACAACGUUUGAAUUGUAUGCACCGGCAUCCACACGUUUUUAACUAAAAUCAAUUGAGGUGUCGAAAAUUGUAAUAAUUUAAUAUGUUGCAAAAUAGUAAGGUCGACUGAAUGAGUGCCAUUGUUUUUUGAUAAAAUAUCACCAUUAUAUUUACCAAUAAAAAAUUAAAGGAAUAAUACCCAGUGUAGAGAAAAUUAGUGAAAAACGAAUAAAUUAUGUAUUAUAUAUGUUUGAUGAGUUUAGUAAUUGUUGACCGAAAAAAACGAAACGAAAAAAAUUACGAAAAUAUUUCCAUAGUUGCGAGGUAAUGUAGAAAUAUAUUCCAUGAAUUAAAUUUUUGUAAUGGUUUUUUACAUGAAUUUAUUAUUAGUUCUAUUAACUUACAAAAAAGGUUGACAAAUUUUUCUUCCGACAUUUUCCCAGUUAGAUUUAUUGUUCAUCUUAAGAUAAUAAGAUUACUUGAAAACGAAGAUAAGAUUAACAUAAUUUUAAUUAUCAAUUAACUCGAACUUCAUGUAGUUUGCGCUAGUAACUAUGCAUCGUGCUAGGAGAUGCGACUCGUGAAAAAGACAAAACUUUAGCAAACGUAUAAUGCAGCAAAAAUUACAUUAAUUAAACCCGUAAAGUUGCGCCCGAUUGUUAGGAUCGGUUUGAAAUGCGUCUCUCAUUCAGAAAACCAAUUCAAUAACAAUAAUGAAAGAAAGGAAAACAACAAUAACUAGACAGAGUUUUCUCGGACUGAAACUCUUUAGAAAAAAAUUUAUGCUUAUCUCUGAAUUAAGAUACUUACAGUUGCAGAACUGAUCAUUGAAAACAGGAGAUCAAGACCAAAUUAUAAAUGAAGAUUAUUCAUUCGUUGAGGAUGAAAAUGACGUCUAAUUUUUCAAUUAACCGGUACAUAAAUAUGUCUCGAAGAUGUUGAUAAGUAUCGUUACGAAAUUGUUGACCAUUGUAACAUUUCUAUGACUUCAAAAUGAAAAAAAAAAGAACUUGGAUUGUAGAUAGCAAAGUGCAUUGUCUGUAUUAUUUAUAAAUAUUCAUCAACUGAAAAAAACAGACAACAUGACUUGAAUGAUAGUCAAAUUAUGAUAGCUUUGCUGAUACGGAUCGUUUAACCACUGCAGUUUCAAAUGAUUUUCGCAAUGAGGAUCAAGUAGUCGUUAACGAUAAUUGCAUAGCUUGUACUCUGAAAAAGAGCGUGAAAAUUCUUUUUUAGAAUUUUUCGCAUUCAUAUUAUAAUACCGAUCCUUUUCACAUUUAAUAGAAAGGAAUAACACUGCCUUCCCGCAGUCUUCUAUUAAUUCUCAAUAUUUAUAUUCGUUCGUGUUAUUCCACUAUCAAUCCUCUACUGCAGUGGAUUAGUCGUUACAACCAGAUCCAGAUUAUUAAUUUUUCGUCAAAGAGAACAAGAGAUGAAUAAAACUUACUGAAAAACAAACGAAAAACGAAAGAGUAUCUAAAAACAAUCGGAAAGUAAAUAAAUAAAAUAAUUAUUCUGUAAUAAAUUGUAAACAAAAAUUAAUUAAUAUCGUAGCCAUCUAACUAUACAUACUACUACCACUGCUACUACUACUACUACUACUACUACUACUACUACUACUACUAUAUGUCGACUUAGAAUAGUUACAAAGAUAAAGUUUUUUAGAGGAAAAUCGGAAAGAAAAACCAUAUACAUUAAUAUUUGUAAACUGUCGCCAAAACUUGAGCCCUCCAAUUAAAUGUUGAACGUUUUCUAUUAUUGUACGAUACCGGAAAUAAUACCAUUGAAAUUAUUUAUCGAAGUAAUACUUGAAACCAACUUGAUCGUUGGAGUUUACUUUUCACUUGUCGGAUGCUGUAUGAGAGUGAUAUUUUAAUCAUUGUAAACGUGGAAGCGACGUAAAACUAUUUACUGUGUAUAUUUGUAUUCAUUUUUCCAAAAUUUCGACGUUGACUAACUCUGCUAAGCAAAUGCAACGCCGACUCCGUCUAUUAUAAUACCAUACUAUUUUCGUUUUCUUUAUACAGCGUGUAACUUUUAACUAUUUCGUACAGUAACUUUAUAUUUUCACCUGAGUAAGAAUGACCCUUUGAAUCGGCUGGAACGUAAGAUUGCUUUGUAGAAUUUCUUUUUAAAUAUUCCAGCAGAGAAACUGCCUAAUAACUUUACCUAUUGUUAAUUAUAUGUAUAUUUCCUCCCGUAUUUAAUAUUUAGCAAUGUGUUGUUUAUAAUAAUUCUCCUAGUCUUUCGAAUUCGUACAGCGAUUUGUACGAUAAUAAGAGAAACAAAUAAUAAAUAGUCCUAGCUUACUCUAUCGUCUUAAGAUCUUCGAUAACUAACAAAAAUAUGAACAAGUGAAAAACAAAUUAAAAAAAAAAACGAGCUGACCAAAAAAGGUGGGACUAAAGAAAUGGAUGAUGAUUAUACAUAGAAUUUUGCUGUAAUGAUAAAUUUCAAAGACGAGUUUUGUAAUCCAUUAUUCUCUAUAAGUAUUUAAAAGAUGAAUGAAAAAUGCGAAAUUUUGAAUCCCACUAACAUCUGCUAUAAAAUUACCUAUCAUCACCGAUUUGCCCAAUUCUAUACACAUGCACACAUACGUCAGGGUAGUUCUUAUUUAGAACAUGCAAAAAUUUUUUACUGCUGCUCCUCGAAUCAAUUCUAAACCUUUUUUUUCUUUGAUGUUUAAACAAUUAUCGCAAUACUGACAUUGCAAAGUAAUUCGUAGUUUUAACAGAUUAGUAUGAAGAUCCACUCUUCUGCCGAGUAGAGUUCGCGGUUGAUAUAAAGUUCUUACAAAAUUGUGGGCAGAGGGGCGGAAGGAAGAAGCGUGAAUAAACACUCUGAGACGUAUGUAUUCAUCUACUUAAUCUUUGUAGUACUGUGUACUUCUAUUACCAAGUAAUUUUCUAUAUCAUUCUACGAACAAAACUCUUCACAAAAGUAAUAAUAAUUGUAAAAACAAUAACAAUAAUAAUAAUAAUAAUAAAUAAAAAUAAUAAAUAACAAUAUUAAUAAGACUAAAUUAUUAAAUAAUGAUGAUUAACCGAGAUAAAGGAAGAAGAACAAGUUAAAAAACAAGGAACUAUCACUGCAUGUAGUCUAACAUCAUAAUAAUAAUAUUAAUAAUAGUAAUAAUAAUAACAAUAAUAAUGAUAAUAAUAUUAACAAUAAUUAUUACAAGAAUAAUAAUAGGUAAUAAAAACAAUAAUAAUAACAAUAAAUGUAUAUGCGUGUGACUUCAUGUAGCGUGAAAGUAAUACGGUUUGUAUAAAUUAAGAACAAAAUGCAAGCAAAUGAUUUAUCAAUCGUGAUCAUGUAGGACUUAUAUUUUUUCUCUUUUAAUGUGAGUUACAGCGGUUGAAAGCAUCGAGCAAUUAAAUUAAACGGCCAUUCUGCCCUGCCAUUCUCGUAUUAAGUUUCGUUUUAGCACUGAGAAUAAUAUUCAUAAUAACAUCAAUAAUGUUAGUCACGAUAACAAUAACAAUAACAACAAUAAUAAAAACGAUGAUAAUAAGCAUAAUAGUUAGCACAAUAAAGCAGUAUUUAAAAAAUGUCAAUUAAGUUGAAAGAAAAACGACAAAUUUGGUGAAAUUUUGGUUGAAUUAGAUAUCAGACGGAAUUCUGGGUAUUACAUUUCAUUAGUCAUGAGGUAAUAAUUUGUGCUCAUUAGUUAUUAUUAAUCAACGAUAAUAUGUUGUACGAAUUAGAUAUAAAUAUUUAUAAUACCAAUUAUGAGGCACUGUGUUUUUGAUGAUAUACCUGUAUCUUAAACAGGACAUCGAUGAGAGAAAAAUAAUGUCUUAUUGCGUGGAUAUAAGAGGUAUACUGUUUUAUUGGCUUUUAACGGCCUACCAUUAUUGUAAAAGCACCUUCAUCACAAAUAUCCUCGAUUCAUAUAUACUGUAUUAUAUACAUUAUAGUUUAAAAAGAA